AUGUCUGAGCCUCUCUACACUAUGUUCACGGGUCCCAACGCCGACAACAACCAACAACUUCUUCUGGAGGGCAAACUCCCCAUCCCUGGUGGCCUAACUUACCCUACCCAAGCCUUCCUUCGCCACUGUCGACUGUACGACAGUUACCGGCCUCGUUCUUUCCCCUUGACGGUUGAAGAGCACGUGGACUUUUGGAGUCGCACCCCUGAGAACAAGGGUUCUGAGCCCCACGGCCUCCAUAAUGGGCACUUCAAAGCAGGCGCCCUUUCGGAGCUGUUGGCUUCUUGUGAUACGGCGUUUCUGGACCUUCCAUUCCGUUCAGGCCAUGUUCCGGAACUCUGGAAGAACCUGAUGAACUUUGCGAUUGAGAAGAAGCCUGGCGACUUCCGCCCACAAGGGAUGCGGACCAUUCAGCUGUUCAACUCGGAGGCUCAAGCCAACUACAAGGAGGCGGGUUGGGCUGCAAUGAAGAACGCUGAGGAGGAUGACAUCAUCCCUGCAGGACAGUGUGGGUCACGAAAGCAGCACCAGUCCAUUGAUCUCGCCCUUUCCAAACGAUUGAUCUGGGACUCGCUCAUCCUGGAAUGA